AGCCCCCGGCCGGCCGAUCCCGCCGCCGCCCCAGGUCCAGAGCCAGAAACACAGCGCCUUCUGAGGAUCCUUUAAAACAGAGCGAGGACAUGGCCACCAAGGAGAAGCUGCAGUGUCUCAAAGACUUCCACAAGGACAUCCUGAAGCCAUCUCCAGGAAAGAGCCCGGGCACGCGGCCUGAGGACGAGGCCGAGGGCAAGCCCCCCCAGCGAGAGAAGUGGGCCAGCAAGAUCGACUUUGUGCUGUCUGUGGCCGGAGGCUUCGUGGGUUUGGGCAAUGUCUGGCGUUUCCCGUAUCUCUGCUACAAAAAUGGUGGAGGUGCGUUUCUCAUACCGUAUUUCAUCUUCCUGUUCGGGAGCGGCCUGCCCGUGUUUUUCCUGGAGGUCAUCAUAGGCCAGUACACCUCAGAAGGGGGCAUCACCUGCUGGGAGAAGAUCUGCCCCUUGUUCUCUGGCAUCGGCUACGCGUCCAUCGUCAUCGUGUCUCUCCUGAACGUGUACUACAUCGUCAUCCUGGCCUGGGCCACCUACUACCUAUUCCAGUCCUUCCAGAAGGAGCUGCCCUGGGCCCACUGCAACCACAGCUGGAACACGCCCCAGUGCAUGGAGGACACACUGCGCAAGAACAAGAGCCUCUGGGUCUCCCUCAGCGCCACCAACUUCACCUCCCCCGUCAUCGAGUUCUGGGAGCGCAACGUGCUGAGCUUGUCCCCCGGCAUCGACCACCCAGGCGCUCUGAAGUGGGACCUCGCUCUCUGCCUUCUCUUAGUCUGGCUGAUCUGUUUCUUCUGCAUCUGGAAGGGCGUCAGGUCCACGGGGAAGGUUGUCUACUUCACAGCCACUUUCCCGUUCGCAAUGCUUCUGGUGCUGCUGGUCCGAGGGCUGACGCUGCCCGGUGCGGGUGCAGGCAUCAAGUUCUACCUGUAUCCUGACAUCACCCGCCUCGAGGACCCACAGGUGUGGAUUGAUGCCGGGACCCAGAUAUUCUUCUCCUACGCCAUCUGCCUGGGGGCCAUGACCUCGCUGGGGAGCUACAACAAGUACAAGUACAACUCAUACAGGGACUGUAUGCUGCUGGGAUGCCUCAACAGUGGUACCAGUUUUGUGUCUGGCUUCGCAAUUUUUUCCAUCCUGGGCUUCAUGGCACAAGAGCAAGGGGUGGACAUUGCCGAUGUGGCUGAGUCAGGUCCCGGCUUGGCCUUCAUCGCCUACCCCAAGGCUGUGACGAUGAUGCCGCUCCCUACGUUUUGGUCCAUUCUUUUCUUUAUUAUGCUUCUCUUGCUUGGACUGGAUAGCCAGUUUGUCGAGGUCGAAGGACAGAUCACAUCCUUGGUUGAUCUUUACCCGUCCUUCCUAAGGAAGGGUUAUCGUCGGGAAAUCUUCAUCGCCAUCGUGUGUAGCAUCAGCUACCUGCUGGGGCUGACGAUGGUGACGGAGGGUGGCAUGUAUGUGUUUCAACUCUUUGACUACUAUGCAGCUAGCGGUGUAUGCCUUUUGUGGGUUGCAUUCUUUGAAUGUUUUGUUAUUGCCUGGAUAUAUGGCGGUAACAGCUUCUAUGAUGGGAUUGAGGACAUGAUCGGCUAUCGGCCCGGGCCCUGGAUGAAGUACAGCUGGGCUAUCAUCACUCCAGUCCUGUGUGUGGGGUGUUUUGUCUUCUCUCUGGUCAAGUAUGUACCCCUAACCUACAACAAAGUCUAUGUGUACCCGACCUGGGCCAUCGGGCUGGGCUGGAGCCUGGCCCUGGCCUCCAUGGUGUGCAUCCCUCUGGUCGUCAUCAUCCGCCUCUGCCAGACCGAGGGGCCGUUCCUCGUGAGAGUCAAGUACCUGCUGACCCCCAGGGAGCCCAACCGCUGGGCUGUGGAGCGGGAGGGGGCCGUGCCCUUCAACACCACCACCACCAUGAACGGCGCCCUGGUGAAACCAACACACAUCAUCGUGGAGACCAUGAUGUGAGCUCGCCCGGGCCGGCCGCUUUCCCGCUGUUUACUAACAUUAGAUUCUCAUAGGACCAGGUUUACAGAGCUUUACAUUUGCACUAGGAUUUUUUUUUAAUUGUCACAGAAAAUGUUAAUGUUAAAUGUGUGUGUGUGUGUGAGUGGGUGUGUGUGUGUGCGUGCGUGUUUAUUGUGUGUGUAUGUGUGUCUCUUGUUUUGAUUUCGGGAUAUUUUGUAUAAAAAGACAACCUGUGGGCAGAUGUCCCGGGGGAGGCCAAGCUUUCAUACUGAAUUAGAUGGGAACUUGGUAAAAUCUUCCUUUGUAAUUUUUUUAAACAUGUAACUAUACAGACACUUAAGAGACUGUCAUACACUUUUACCACUUGAAUUGAUUUUCUUGCCAGCAAUACAUCUCAAUUUCUCAAAAGCAGUCCUUCGGUGCUUAUGUAGCUGGCAGAAAGUUCUGCUCCCCCCAGCCCCACCCCAGAAAACAA